CGGAGGGAGACCACAACAGUUCAUCCCCCGCAGCAAAUUAGAAUAAAGAUUAUAAAACACAGUCUAGUCUGUGUCUUCUUGUUGUGUUUGUCUUUUAGAAGGGAAGCACAGAGCAUAAUCACAAACAAAAUGUAAGUAACUGAAAACAGAAAGAGGUAGUUAAGUAAAGCAUUGUGGUUAAUAAGUAACAGACCACAACGGUCUCCCCCCGCCCUGCAAAGCCUGCUGGGAAAAUCUCUUUGGCAGGCAGAGUGUGUGAGAGAGUGUGCAGAGAGAUAUCGCUGAAAUAAAGAACAGGAAGAGAAGAUACAGCAGCGCGUUCUCUGACACACUGUUUGGAUCUCCAGGAAGUUUCUCUUCUGUCCGUAAGCAAAGGUCCCUCUCAUGGGCAAAGUAAAGGCCAAGCCUGGGCCCUUGGCUCGGAGGCCAGACAACUCAGCUUUCAAACAGCAGAGGUUACCUGCCUGGUCUCCAAUGCUAACAGCUAACACUGUUCUGCCCUUCUUCUACUUUAUGGCUCUGAUAUGCAUGUUUCUGGGAGUAUGGCUGCUUCUUACAGUGCAGAGCACACAGGAAAUGAAGCUGGACUACACAGACAACGGGACAUGUGCUUCAUGUUUUGAAAUGCGUAAAAAUGUAAGCAAUGCAGCAGAAAUUUGCAACUGCGGGGUAGAGUUUACCAUCGACAAAUCAUUCAAGGGAAAUGUCUUUUUCUACUACGGCCUCAAAAACUUCCACCAGAACCUCCGCAGAUACAUGGACUCCAGAGAUGAUAGACAAAUGGUUGGCUGGAAGAAAAACUUAAAGAACCCGAGUUCAUACUGUGAGCUGUUUAUCAGGGACCCAAAAGGCCUCCCCAUUGCCCCCUGCGGUGCUGUGGCCAACAGUAAAUUCAAUGACUCCUUCCGUCUGACCUAUCACGGUACUGAAGGAGCAGAACCGGUUCCUCUGUUACGGACGGGCCUCACCUGGUACACGGACAAAAAUGUCAAGUACCGCAACCCAAAGACUGAAAACAUGACACUGGCUCAAGUGUUUAAUGGCACAGCGAAGCCUCUGUACUGGCGUGAGCCCGUGUAUAAGCUUGACCGGUCAGAUCCCACCAACAACGGCUUCAUUAAUGACGACCUGAUCGUGUGGAUGAGAGAGGCAGCAUUCCCCAACUUCAAAAAGCUUUAUGGGGUUUUAAACCGAGCCAACAAUCCCUUUACCAAAGGUCUGCCGGCAGGGAAAUACAGCAUCAACAUCACCUACAACUUCCCUGUGCAGUACUUCCGAGGCAGAAAGGAAGUGGUGCUGACCACGCUGACCUGGUUUGGAGGUCAGAACCAUUUCCUGCCCAUUGCUUACCUCGUAACCAGCUGCCUGAUCCUGCUGAUAGCCAUCGUCCUCACAGUGGCGUGGUGCAAGUUUGGGAAGAAUGGGAAGAACAUGGAGGAAUGAGUGGUAAGAGGUACCCUAGGCUGCUGGAAAGUGAUUAUCAUUGUGGUGCUUGGGAGCUUUUUUAAUGGACAACAAAUCCGGAGAAUAUUGAUGAGAGCUUCAAAAUGAAAGUUCAUAAUUUAUGUCUGAAAGCCAAUGAAGAAUUAAGUUUGAGAUCUGGAAAAUAUUUUCCCUAUCAGCUAAAUGACCCACAUCUGUUUGGGCUUUUAUUGUGAAGGUGUUGCUGUGGAUAACCAACUGAAAGCUCAGCUUUCAUGUUGAUUUUACUUGAUGAACUUUUGCAGUUUUUAAAUACACACCAUUUUGUUCAUGCACUGGUAAUAUUUAUAAACAUAAUUAUAAUAUAUGUAUUAUAAUUAUGAGCAUUAAGAAUGAUCACUGUGGUGUUACGGCUGGAUUUCAUGUCAGUAAAUGCAAACUGAAAACAAAACAUUAAACGUGACAAACCCUGUACUGCCAAUUCUUAAGCUAAGGUGUAAUUUUGUGGAUAUGGUUUCAUAUUAUUAAUUCUAAAAUGUUUCCUUUUUAUAACAGAUGUCAUGCUAUCAGCUCUGCGAGGCUGCACUUAGGCCCAGCAGUGUUUGGAGCUACACGCAGUAAACAAUGACUACGUUUACAUGCAGAAAAUGUUCAAAUGUUCCCCUUUUUUUUGAAAAUGACAUUAUUCCAACAAAGGUGUUUACAUAUGUAAUGAAAAUUAACGUUCCACUAAUAAUCACAUUGACAUGCAGCCCUCCAUACGCAGAUUUUCUAAGCUUUUCACUGAUGGCAGCCUCUCGCUUUCAUUCCUCUUCAUCAACCUUGUUUAAAAGGUUGCCUUUGCAAUAUUUGCAUAUAUCCAAAAUCCUGAUGAUAUCAAAGUCUAUCAUAAUGUACUGAAUGUACUGUAUACACGUCCUAGGGAUGCAUCUAAAACCUGAAUACCAGCAUCUUAAUCAGAAUAUCUAAAUGGAACAUACUGUUUACAUAACCCAUAUACAAUCUGGAAUAUUGUCAUAUUCAGAAUAAUAGGGGAAUAUUUGUGUGCAUGUAAACAAAGUCAAUGCUAACACUGAUGUUUUUCCCUGUUUAUAUUCUUACUUCAGCAUGUAAGCACAAUAACGACCAUUUGCACUGUCUGUUAUGGCCUAUAACGUUUUGUUAUGACAAUGACUGAAGAUUGUAAUAAACAGUUUCUUUUAAAAACUCUUUAUUUCUCUAUAUACAAUCAGUGAGAGCCACAUGAACACAAUCCCUCUGUGACCAGGGAGCACCAAAACUCUGUGUUGGUCGCCUUGGUUAUUGAGCAUAAUCAAAGCAUGGUUGGUGGCACAGCUGUGCGAAUAACGCCUCCCCCUCAG